AGCGGAACGGGGUCCUGCGGCAGGUCCUUCCGGGAGGGUGACAUUCAGCCGGCUCGUCGGCGCGACGGGCUUCCCGUCUUAGAACCAUGGCCCAGUUUGUCCGUAACCUCGCGGAGAAGGCCCCGGCGCUGGUCAGCGGAACCAAUCCAGGGUACCACAGUGCAAUGAGUUGUCUAUCUCUCUAGUCUCCUGUGUGACAGUUUCCCAACCUUUCCUUGCCUUUCAUGACCUUGACAGUCUCAAGAUGUCUGUCUGCUGUGACUUACUCGAAGCCUCGAUUGGCCACAUUUUGGCACUAUGCCAAGGUUGAGCUGGUUCCUCCAACCCCUGCUGAGAUCCCUACAGCUAUUCAGAGCUUGAAAAAAAUUAUCAAUAGUGCUCAAACUGGUAGCUUCAAACAGCUUACAGUUAAGGAAGCUCUACUGAAUGGUUUGGUGGCCACUGAGGUGUGGAUGUGGUUUUAUGUUGGCGAGAUCAUAGGCAAGCGUGGCAUCAUUGGCUAUAAUGUUUGAAGACCAAUCUUUGCUCUGUUAUUUGGGUGUUCUUGGACCGUGUGUGAGCAGACUGCUAUUUGAAUAAAAUAAGACAAUGUGUCAAAA